AUGCUCAAGCUCCUCGCAUGCCUCUCCGCGGCGUCGGCGCUCAAGCCGCUGGACCGGCGCACCCUCUUCUCGGGCGCCGCGGCGGCGCUCGCGCCCGCGCGGCUGCUCGCGCCGGCGCCGGCGUCCGCCGUCUCCGGCGGCGGCAAGGACUACGCGGAGGCGACGAUCAAGGGCCAGGACUUCUCGGGCAAGACCUUCAACAACAAGGACUUUAGCGGCUGCGACGCCGUGGACACGAACUUUGCGAAGUCGAAGCUGCGGGGCGCGCGCUUCUUCAAGGCCGACCUCGCGCGCGCCGACUUCUCCGGCGCGGACCUGAGCGCCGCGUCGCUCGAGGGCGCGAACCUCGAGGGCACGAAGCUCACGGGCGCGCUCGCCGAGGGCACGGCCUUCAGCCAGACGAUCCUCGACGCGGGCGACCUCACGGGCGCGGACUUCACGGACGCGGUCAUCCAGCCCUACGUGCAGAAGGGCCUCUGCGGCCGGAAGGACGUCACGGGCGCGACGCGGGACUCGCUCUUCUGCCCGUGA